UUUUCUAUUACAGAGCUGCAAGAAACUAAGACUGCCGAAUAUUACAGAAUAUCUCACAAUCCUCUGGAUUACAGGAUAUUAUUAAUGGAUGAAGAUCAGGACAGGAUCUAUGUGGGCAGCAAAGAUCAUAUUCUAUCUUUGAAUAUUAAUAAUAUAAGCCAAGACCCUCUGAGUAUUUUCUGGCCAGCAUCAGCAAACAAGGUUGAAGAGUGCAAAAUGGCUGGCAAAGAUCCUACGCAUGGCUGUGGAAAUUUUGUGCGUGUGAUACAGUCCUACAAUCGUACCCACCUGUAUGUUUGCGGCAGUGGAGCCUUCAGCCCCGUGUGUGUAUACAUCAACAGAGGGCGCAGGUCUGAGGAACAGAUCUUCAAGAUCGACUCCAAGUGCGAAUCAGGGAAAGGACGCUGCUCUUUCAAUCCUAAUGUGAACACGGUGUCUGUUAUGAUCAAUGAAGAGCUUUUUUCAGGAAUGUAUAUUGAUUUCAUGGGGACGGAUGCUGCCAUUUUCCGCAGUUUAACCAAACGCAAUGCUGUGAGAACUGAUCAACACAACUCAAAGUGGCUAAGUGAGCCUAUUUUUGUGGAUGCUCAUGUUAUCCCAGAUGGCACUGACCCUAAUGAUGCCAAAGUCUACUUCUUCUUCAAAGAGAGACUCACAGACAACAGCGGCAGCACAAAGCAAAUUCAUUCAAUGAUCGCAAGAAUAUGCCCAAAUGACACAGGUGGCCAGCGUAGUCUUGUAAACAAGUGGACAACAUUCUUGAAAGCGAGACUUGUGUGCUCAGUAAUGGAUGAAGAUGGAACAGAAACAUACUUUGACGAAUUAGAGGAUGUGUUUCUUUUAGAAACAGAUAACCCCAGAACAACGCUUGUAUAUGGAAUUUUUACAACAUCAAGCUCCAUAUUUAAAGGCUCAGCCGUGUGUGUAUAUCACUUAUCUGACAUCCAGACAGUGUUCAAUGGGCCAUUUGCACACAAGGAGGGCCCAAACCACCAGCUGAUUCCAUAUCAGGGCAGAAUUCCAUAUCCGCGACCUGGCACUUGUCCGGGAGGAGCCUUCACGCCCAACAUGCGGACAACCAAAGAGUUUCCAGACGAUGUUGUGACCUUCAUCAGGAAUCACCCUUUGAUGUUUAAUCCCAUUUACCCGAUCCACAAGAGGCCGUUAAUCAUUCGGAUAGGAACAGACUACAAGUAUACAAAGAUUGCUGUGGACCGUGUGAAUGCUGCUGAUGGAAGAUAUCAUGUCUUGUUUCUUGGAACAGACCAAGGAACUGUUCAAAAAGUUGUUGUCCUACCCACUAACUUCUCUGCAAGUGGAGAACUCAUUUUAGAAGAGCUGGAAGUUUUUCAGAGUAAUUCUCCAAUAACAACAAUGAAGAUUUCAUCUAAAAAGCAACAGUUGUACGUGAGCUCGGAUGAGGGGGUCACCCAGGUAUCCUUGCAUCGCUGCCAUAUCUACGGGACCGCCUGCGCUGACUGCUGUUUAGCCCGAGAUCCUUACUGCGCCUGGGACGGCAAUUCCUGCUCCAGGUUCUACCCCACAGGGAAAAGGAGGAGUCGUAGGCAAGAUGUGAGACAUGGAAACCCUCUGACUCAGUGCCGAGGUUUCAACCUGAAAGCAUACAGAAACGCUGCAGAAAUAGUCCAGUAUGGAGUAAAAAACAACACCACCUUUCUUGAAUGUACACCCAAAUCUCCCCAGGCUUCUAUUAAGUGGUUACUACAGAAAGACAACGACAGAAGGAAAGAGGUCAAGCUUAAUGAAAGGAUCAUAGCUACUGAGCAAGGACUCCUGAUUCGCUCUGUCCAAGACACUGAUCGAGGACUUUACCACUGCAUUGCAACAGAGAACAGCUUCAAGCAAACCUUAGCAAAGAUCAAUUUCAAAGUGCUGAAUUCAGAGAUGGUGGCUUUCAUGACUGACAAGUGGUCUCCUUGGACCUGGGCCAGCUCGGUACGAGCACUGCAGUUCCACCCAAAGGACUUUGUGGGAUCUUUCAGCCAUUCAGAAAUGCAGAUGAUUAAUCAGUACUGCAAAGACAGUAGACAGCAAGGUCAGCAAAGGGAAGAAUCCCAGAAGAUGAGAGGGGACUACAGCAAAUUAAAGGCCCUUAUUAAUAGCAGAAAAAGUAGAAAUAGAAGGAAUCAGUUACCUGGAUCUUAAUUUUAUUUUGUAACAAUAGAUGUCUUUGUCCUCACUGUAGGGGGCUUAUAUUUGUCUGUUGAGAACAAAUUUGGGCAAACUUGAUAAAAAAUUCAAUGUAAAUCCAACAAGCCUCAGAAAAGAUCCUCCUCCCAAUAAAAUGCAGUGUAACUUAAUAAAAUAAAAAAAAAUUGGAGCAUUUUAUUUCCUAGAUGCUUACUGGCACUAGGCUGAGCCCUGUCCUAGAAGCAAAACUGAGUAUUUAUCUUAAACCAGAUUCACAUUUGACAUCUCAGUAUUUAAUUAUAGUUGAGUAGAAAUAUUUAAAAAAUCAAGUCAUUGUUUUGUGACUCUGGAACUGUACCAAGCAAACUGGUGGUGAAAGAAUCUGGGUUAAGAUGCAUGCUCCAAGCAGGAUGGUACUAAGAUUUCCUUGCACUGUGUUUAAGAACAUGAGUUUCUACUUGUUUACGGUUCAGUACUGGGUUUACAACUUCCAUUCAUUGUUCAAAUCAUGUGAAUGCAUGCAGACAGAAAGUGAGUAUAGUAUAGUAGAAAUGUUUCAUUCAGAGGUCAAAUGAAGGAACAAGUAGGAGAAAAAGAGAAAAGAAUAAUUGUUUUUAUACUUUAUCAGAGGAAACACUGAUUAUUGUGCAUAG